CUGAGCCUGUCACUUGUGUUCCCAGAACCGAAUCAGAAAUGCAGUCCUCUGGAAAGUCAGACUUACCUACCCCCCUCGCCAAUUUGAAGAUUCAUUAUACUAAGAUCUUCAUAAACAAUGAAUGGCACAAUUCAGUGAGUGGCAAGAAGUUCCCUGUCCUCAAUCCUGCCACCGAGGAGGAAAUCUGCCAGGUAGAAGAAGGGGAUAAGGCAGAUGUUGACAAGGCAGUGAAGGCUGCAAGACAGGCUUUCCAGAUUGGUUCUCCAUGGCGAACUAUGGAUGCUUCGCAGAGGGGACGCCUGCUCUUCAAGCUGGCUGACUUAAUUGAAAGAGAUCGUCUGCUGCUAGCAACAAUGGAGUCAAUGAAUGGUGGAAAACUAUUUCCUCCAACAUACCUGAUGGAGUUAGGAACAUGCAUAAAAGCAUUACAGUACUGUGCAGGUUGGGCUGACAAGAUCCAUGGCUACACCAUACCGAGUGAUGGAGAUGUUUUCACAUAUACAAGACGUGAACCUAUUGGUGUUUGUGGCCAAAUCAUUCCUUGGAAUGGCCCAUUGAUUACACUCAUUUGGAAGAUAGCUCCUGCUCUUAGCUGUGGAAACACAGUGAUUGUCAAACCAGCUGAGCAAACUCCCCUCACUGCUCUUCACGUGGCAUCUUUAAUAAAAGAGGCAGGGUUUCCUCCUGGUGUGGUGAACAUCAUCCCUGGUUAUGGGCCAACUGCAGGAGCAGCCAUCUCUUCUCACAUGGACAUUGACAAAGUGGCCUUCACAGGUUCAACAGAGGUUGGCAAACUGAUCAAAGAAGCUGCAGGGAAAAGCAAUCUGAAGAGAGUCACCCUGGAGCUUGGGGGGAAGAGCCCCUGCAUUGUGUUUGCUGAUGCUGACUUGGACCAUGCAAUUGAAUUUGCACACCAAGGGGUAUUUUUCAACCAGGGCCAAAUAUGUGUAGCUGCAUCCAGGCUUUUUGUAGAGGAAUCAAUUUACGAUGAGUUUGUGCGAAGGAGUGUUGAGCGGGCUAAGCAGUAUGUUCUUGGAAAUCCUCUGACUCCAGGAAUAACUCAAGGCCCUCAGAUUGACAAGGAACAACAUAAUAAAAUACUGGACCUCAUUGAGAGUGGGAAGAAAGAAGGGGCCACACUGGAAUGUGGAGGAGGACCCUGGGGGAACAAAGGCUACUUUGUCCAGCCCACGGUCUUCUCCAAUGUGACAGAUGAGAUGCGCAUUGCCAAGGAGGAGAUAUUUGGACCAGUGCAGCAAAUCAUGAAGUUCAAAUCUGUAGAUGAAGUGAUCAAGAGAGCCAACAACACUCACUAUGGCUUGGCAGCAGGAGUCUUUACCAAAGACCUUGACAGAGCCAUGACAGUCUCCUCUGCUCUGCAGGCGGGUGUAGUAUGGGUAAAUUGCUACCUGAUGUUUUCCGCCCAGUGUCCCUUUGGUGGAUUCAAGAUGUCUGGAAAUGGACGAGAAAUGGGAGAAGAAGGUAUCCUUGAAUACACAGAGAUCAAGACAGUCACAGUGAAAAUCUCCCAGAAGAACUCCUAAACAUGCCUCAUAACAUGGAGAGAAGAUUCUUCGACAGCUAAGCAUCUCCUAUAAUCACUAAUAUAGUGGUAUUAAAUGUAAAUUUUUUCUUUUAAGUUUUUAAACAAGCUAAUGAUUAGUAUUAAUACCGUACCUAGAAAACAUAUAGCUUACUCUGCAAGAAUCACUUGCCUUUUGAUGUGAGUCCAAUUCCUGUUCUAAAUUAAAAGGAUGAAUGUGGAUGCAAGAUCUAUGUAGCUCAAUCAUAGUUACAUGCUUUUCCUUAAGCUUCUUGUCCAGAAUAAUUAUUGUAUGGAAGAGGGUAAUUAAUCACUUAGCACUUCACAUAAAGAUAAUGACUCUUUAAAGUAUUUAGUAUACAUGUUACCUGUAGAGUAAGUAGCAGUCUCCUCAGUAGUUACAAUGUGCUUGAAGUGUUUUGAAAUGUUUCCUAGAAUGUCAUAUCUGAGUGUCAAAUGUGAUGCUUAGCUGCAAUCUGCAUACAAAGCUUAAUAAAAACAACCUUUUAUGAUUCUUGUUGAGUUUGAAUUACUUUAGUUAAAGUUUGGGUAAUGGUAAUUUACUAUCUAUCCCUGUCAUUCAAAAGUACUGUUGAAUUAAACAGAGAUGAAAUUGAAAAUAAAUAUUAAAUAAGCCUAUUUCCAAAUGAGUCAAGAAACAUUUAUUUUCUAGGCAAUUCUUGAAAUCAAUAAAAUGCAUUUGAGACAGACAGGAGCAGUCCUUCCUAAGCAUUUAUUGAGUACCUAUGAAGUGCUAGGCAAAGAUGUUACAAAAAAUAUACUGGGGAACAGAGACACUAUUUUUGCCACCCAAAGGAAAAUGGGCCUUCUAACUAACAUUUUCUUGCUCAAUGGGUAAUGAAGAAGUGUGACUGUGCCGGUUGGAAAUGGAAGGAGAUUUGACUGGACAUCAGCCAUCAUGCUGAGAGGAUUUUCAGUGAAUAAAGGAAGGAUGACAACCAAUUUCUCAGGACACAUUUCUUUCAACAAACUCUGGAGACAUUGUACAUCUUACCUAUUGGAGCUUCAUACUGCACAAUACUCUCAUUUUCUGGGUUCUGAGAAGUUUUGAAACCUGUUCAGAUUUGUUUCAUUAUAUUUUUUUCUACCAAAUUUGUUUAGCAAAAAGCUUGCCUUCGCUCUGACCUCAUUUAACACCAAUGAAUAUGAAGAAACCCAUGUAGGAAGAUGCUGUUCUAUGCAAUGAGACAGUAGUGUUCUAGGGUAAACUCUGAAGAUCACAACGGAGCAGCUGAAGUAAUGUUUUGUGUGUAAAAGAAAGUGAGCCAUGCUUCCAUUAUGUCUCCAAAUCAAAGAACAUCUCAUUCUUCUCAUGUUCCCAUGUAGGACCCAUUUUAAGUUGAGAGAAUAUAUGUCUAUUACUGUACACUUCUAAAAUGUUCUUAAAAUGUACUUAAAAUGUAAGC